AUGGCGUUGCUGAUGUUGGUAUACUCAACUACUACUUCAGGGACUGAAUUUAAGACUCAGCUUCAAUUAGCUGAAAUUAAGACUAUGAAUCAAAUAGCCUCAACCGGACUUGCAGGUUUGAUGGAACCAGUAGAGCCAGGGCUUUCUUGUGUGACACAGCUCAUAUAAGUAUUUUUUGGAUACGAUCCGUAUACGUUUUAUAGAGGCAGAGAAGCAUUCGAAAUUAUGGGAUCCGAAAUUGAUAUGCAAACAAGAGUCAUAGUUUUAAAUGCAAUUUGCCUAUAUAGAGAAUUCCCAGAAUGGGGUCUUGCUCUGAUUGAUGCCCUCAAUUAACGACUCCCAUUUAAAUACAAGCAAAUGAUGCUACAGAACAUCACAUUGGAUUAAAAGUAGUUUCAAAUGAUUAUUCUGGUGAAUUGGCAGAUGAAAUCAUAGGCACCGAUCCACUCAAGAUAAUCUACCAUUGAGAUAUGCUAAAAUAAAGAUAUAAAGCGUAAAAGCAAUCAGGACUGUCGAAAUUAUCAAUGA